AUGAAAGCGAGCCACUAUGGACAAACUCGAAGCUUCCGCUUCGGCGCGUGGUCAUACUUGGGCCCCGAGCUCCAACGUCAGCUGCGACGCCGUCAGCACACUAUCAAAUACAAGCACAUGGAGUCAAUCACUCGAAAGCUGUCUUGGGAUCCAAAUUCGCGUGCUCAAGAUUCAAGAAUCGUGAUGAAGAAGAUGAUGGCACAGUUCUGGAUCAGGAACGGCCACACCCGCUCGAACGGAAGAUGCGUGAGAGAGGAUGAUAUAAAGAAGAAUGGAUCGAACGACACUUCGGGCGCCCGGCCUGGCCAGAACAUUGAGGACGUUGAGCGAAGCGCCAUCAAUUCCCUCUUUACCCGCAAGCACGCUGGACCAUAUGAGUAUGACUUGUGGCAGAGCCCUUUGCAAAACAUUCGCAACUAUCUCGGGAGCCAGAUCAGAAACAAGUCAACGGCCUCCCUCAGCAGAGACGUCCACUCUGAAAUUGACCCCAUCACAAACAGAAAGAUUCACUCGUCACAUAUACCCCAAUCUGUCUUUGACAACUCUUCAAAGAAGGAUGCUCAAGAACCUUUCUUCCCAGAUGGGGUUCCACCCGCUGACGAGCUCAAGCACUAUGGCAAUGUCACGCUUGACAGUGCCCCCUGGGCCGACGCCGGCUCCACCGAUGGAGUUGCGGGGACCCCGCAAUAUGCGGAUCUCGACAAGUACAAGCCUGUCAUGGAUGAGAAACUUGACGCUCAAGAGCUUUCCGAAAAACCGCAAUACGACGAUCUGGCAAAGUACAAGCCAGUAGGCCUCAGUGAGAUUGUGGAAGAGUCGGUUUCCGUCCCCAAAUACGAGGAUCUUGGCAAGUAUCCAGACCUAGACAAAUAUGGUCCAAUCAUGCACAACGAGAAGGAUAUUCCGGAAGAGACGCAACCCUAUGACGACUUACACAAGUACCGCCCGGUCAUGCACAACGAAAGUGCACAAGUUCCGGAGGCGCGCGAACGGUAUUCAGACCUGGAUAAAUAUGGUCCAAUCAUGCACAACGAGAAGGAUGUUCUGGAAGAGGCGCAGCCCUAUGACGACCUACAUAAGUACGGCCCGAGCGGUUUCAAUGAACCUGAAGGCCUGCGCCCUCGUAGUGCUGAGGAAAAGUCGAAGGAUUAUGACGACCUCCACAAAUAUGGCCCACAAGCUUUCAACGAGCCUUCCGGGCUGCGCCCGAUGCAUCCCGAAGAAGCUUCCAAGGCAUAUACGGACUUGGACAAAUAUGGCCCCGUGACGUGGAACGAGCCUCAUGGCCAGGCUCCUAUUCACCCUGAGUUGGCAUCCAAGGCAUAUACAGACCUUGAUCAAUACAACCCCAACGGUUGGAACGAGCCGCAUGGAAAGCCGCCGAUGCACCCAGAGGAGGCCUCGAAGCAGUACAAGGACCUUGAAACAUACUCUCAGAAAUUCGACAGAGGUACUGCGCCACCCCCAGAGGGAGUGGUUGCUGCAGUUGAGCCUGGAGAUGCGGCUAAGCACCAACCCAUUCAAUACAACGAGCCUGAGAGCCAACGUCCAAGGCCUGACUGGGAUCAGGCGACCUUCGAUGAGGCCAAGAAGUACCAAUCCUACCGUUAUAACGAGCCUGAUGGCCAGCCCGCCGAGAUCAUCGACCCUGUGUCCAAGGGUCUGAGUGAUUUUGAUGAGGAGAUCGCCGCCAAGGCGAACAGACGCAUCGCAUACAGUCGGGUGACAGAGCAGGAGAGGGCCGACGAUUUGGAUCUACUUCGCGCUAGCGACGUCCGAGCCAAGAUCCCAACAUCUUCUGGCCAGUCCCGAAGGGAGUAUAGCACGACAAACAGACAGAUUUUGGAGGCCGACCUUCCCCGAUAUGAAGUGAACUGGGAUAUUUCUAGCAGAGCUGCUCGUGUUGCUUUACGGAACUCCAAAAGCAAAGUCUGGGGUCACAUUCCGGCCAGGGAAGACGAGGCAGAGCUCACCGGAAACUAUGUGAGAGAUUUCCCCGAGGACUUUUCGGGGUCCUGGAACAACAUUGUGGCAGCUGCGGAGAGUCAGGGAGAGAAUAGCAAGAGCCAGAGUGUCGAACCGGACGAGGCUGAGGCAGCCUCUUUCGAUGAGAGUUUUCCAAGGUUGGAGCCAGCCCUGGACCGAUCAUCUGCUUCGACAUCGACCCGGUUUUCAGGCAAAAAGGGUCAGUCUGACUCGUACUCGAAAGAGCCGCAGGGCCUCGAGCUGAGCUACUCUGAGGAGACUGGUAGCAAGCAAACUUGGCCCGCCUACGUGCGAUCUUAUGGUACGGUGUCCGAUGGUUCGGCCAAUACCGGAUCCUCGGCUCAGGAUGCCAUUUUGGCCGCCAAGGAUGAGGGUGUGGUGUCUUCGACUGCCGCCGACACUGUUCGCGAGCCAACCAUCUACAAGAUUCUUGCGUACGACCCCACCAUGCAAGCCAUUAGCACGGCUGAGACUACGUCUGUUGUUCCAGACAGCACCACACCGUUGACUCCGGCCGAGGUUCUCCUCCGCUUGUCGAACCCGACCAAGUUCUUCCCUUACUUUAGCACUCUACAGAGAGAAGGGUACGAGAUUGUAUCCGGAAGCGGAGAUGUCCUGGUCUUCCGCAAAGUCCGCGAGGCAGAGACGGCCCUGAAAGGGCAGACGACUGCUUCCUUCGCCCCAGUGAUCGAAAAGCCGACGACGUACAAGGCGCCAAAGGUGAACCCCAUCGACAUGAUGGGGAGCGACCCCGUAGUACCAAGCGCUUACUCUUCCAGUCCUACAGGCUACCUCAACUAUGAUUACCCCGGAGCGGAGACAACAGAAAAGCCCCCACCCCCGUUAAGCCCGGUAAGGAGACGGAACACGAUUUCCUGCGACAGCCAGGAUUUCGAGCCGCCUCGACCUCCGAAACGCAGCAGGGCCAAGAAGGUUGUUCUUGGGGCUGCCUGGGUCGGCGGGAUUUCUUAUGCGAUUGGUGUCGUUGGAGAGUACUUCACGACUGGGGGCAGCGACGGCAGGGGCCCUAAGGGUUUUUAA